AUGAAGAGCAGUUAUCGACGGCUGCAUCGCUACGCACUGGUAUUAGCGUGCCAGAGACGGGAACCAGGAUUGUCGCGUCUUCAAGAAAGCCUCGGCGUCGAAUUCCCGCGUCGCCAAUACCACGACGAAUCGUUCGGGUUCCGCAAACCGCGAGAGUACGAGUUCCCUGAUUAUACACAGACUCAGCUUGAGAACCGCGCCCUUAAUGCACCGCUACUUCGUUAUGUAGAUUCUAUGCGCACACAUGGACACCGAGCGGCCAGGAUUGAUCCAUUGGACCUUAUUCACCGCGAAGAAGUCGCUGCACUCUCUCCAGCAAGGUAUGGUCUCGUGGACGAUGGCACCAAGUACAACGUCAACGGCAUCGUGUGGACCAAACGUGUCGGCGAGAGGGCAGAAGGAGAGGGUGAUGAAUGGUGGACGCUGAAGCAGAUUCAGGAACAUCUACGGAAGGUUUACGUUGGGAAUAUCGCAUAUGAGUUCAUGCACUCUCCUUCCAAGACCGAACGCCUUUGGUUCUCGCACCUGCUCGAAUCUCAGUCACUACCUUCUCCGGAGGAUACUCCUCUGGUAGUCAUCGAUGAGCAGAAGAAAAGACGCAUACACGAACUCUUGGCCCGCAGUGAAGUCUUCGACAAUUUCUUGCAACUGAAGUUCCCGAACUUGAAGCGCUACGGUUUGGAAGGCGGAGAAUCGAUGUUACCUGCUCUCGAUUCGCUCUUCUCGGCUGCGUCUCAAGCAGGAGUUCAGCACAUCGUCCUGGCCAUGCCGCAUCGAGGGCGCCUGAACCUCCUGACUGACAUUCUUCAGUAUUCACCUGCUGGCAUGUUCCAUAAAAUCAAAGGUGGCUCCGAGAUUCCUGAAGAACUUGGCGCGGAAGGCGACGUAUUGAGUCAUCUCGUCUCGUCGCCUUCGCUUUCGUAUGACGGCGCCUCUCAUCCGCUAAAAGUGUCUCUGUUGCCCAACCCAUCGCACCUAGAGGCUGUUAAUCCGGUUGCUCUCGGAAAAACUCGCGCGAAACAAUACUCUCUGCUGAAGACCUCUCCGGACGACUGCAAACUCGGCGAUCGGGUCAUGUGUGUACAGAUCCAUGGAGACGCUAGCUUCACGGGACAGGGUGUGGUCAUGGAGUCUUUGGGUUUGAGCAACCUGCCACACUUCACGAGUGGUGGUAGUGUUCAUCUCGUCGUUGACAAUAACAUCGGCUAUACUACUCCGGCUUCGAACGCCCGCUCUUCAUUGUAUUGCUCGGAUAUCGGCAAGAUGAUCAACGCACCUGUCCUACAUGUUAAUGGGGACCAUCCGGAAGAUGUGGCAAAGGCGAUGGACAUUGCGUUCAGGUAUAGGAACUACUUCAGGAAGGAUGUCAUCGUGGAUCUUUUGGUGUAUAGACGAUGCCCCCUCAUGUACGAGAAAAUCGCCGCUAGGAAGUCCGUUCCUCAGCUCUAUGAACACAAGCUCAUCGCUGAGAAUGUCCUCACUACCGAAGCCGUUGCCUCAGUCCGCAACUCGUACAAGUCUUACCUCGAAGCCGAGCUUGCGAAGGUCCCGUCUUACGUCCCAUCCGCCUCGAUGCUGGAGAAACAAUGGAGUGGAAUGGUCUGGCCUACGAGUGCCGAAGCGGAGCAUGAUCCCGCCACUGGUGUCGACAAGGAGAUUUUGCAGAAGGUUGGCAAGGCUAGCGUCGCUGUUCCGGAAGGCUUCGAAAUCCACCCGAAACUCCAUAGGCAUGUCAAGAACCGAUUAGCAAGCAUCGAAAAUGGAAAGGGCAUCGACUUUGCGACGGCUGAGGCUCUUGCUUUCGGCUCUCUGUUGCUCGAGGGCACGGAUGUCCGCAUCUCCGGCCAGGACGUCGGACGAGGUACUUUCAGCCAUCGACACGCGAUGCUUGUGAAUCAGAAGAACGAGGGUGUCAUCGUUCCGCUGAACGACGAACUCAACGCUGAUGGCAAAUUGGAAUUGGCAAACAGUUCGUUAAGCGAGAUGGCUGUCCUUGGGUUCGAGUACGGUGCCAGCUGGGAACGGCCCAACUUGUUGCCCAUUUGGGAGGCUCAAUUCGGGGAUUUCUUCAAUGGUGCUCAAAUCAUGAUUGACACUUUCUUGUCCUCUGCAGAGACUAAAUGGUUGAAGCAAAGUGGUAUCGUCAUGAUGUUGCCACACGGCCUGGACGGCGCUGGUCCGGAGCACUCCUCGUCGAGGAUUGAGCGGAUGCUUCAGCUCACCAACGAUCGAUACGACGGCCAAUGUAACCCUCCGAACGUCAACAUGCACGUUGCUUAUCCGACCACCCCGGCCCAGUAUUUCCACCUGUUGAGACGUCAGAUACGCCGGAAUUACCGCAAACCAUUGAUCAUUGCCGGACCUAAGGGCCUCCUGAGGUUAUCCGCCGCGUCGUCCGCUCUUGCCGAAAUCGAAGCUCGAACACGCUUCCGUCCGGUCCUUGCUGACCCUCUCACAGAGAAGACGAAGGCGAAGCGUGUUGUCAUGCUCUCUGGGAAAGUCUACUACGAGCUCAUCAAGGAACGCCAAACACGCAACUUGAACGAUGACGUCGCCUUCGUGCGCAUCGAGGAGUUGGCCCCAUUCCCUUUCAAAGAGCUAGCGAACGUCCUGUCGUCCUACACCAACGUGGAGGAGUUUGUUUGGCUCCAGGAAGAACCGAGAAACCAAGGUGCCCAUUCGCAUGUUGCAGGAAGGAUAGGGUCGGUGCUCGAGAAAACGGGUUGGAAGGGCAAAGGGCUAAGGUAUAUAGGACGGAAGGAGAGCCCAAUUCCAGCUCCUGGAGUCGGGAGGUUGUACCAAGCACAGCAGAAGAGGUUGCUCGAAGCCCCGUUCGAGGAUAUCUGA